AUGCAGCUUCAAGAUGGGACGCUGGAGCAGCCGUCCUCCGUUUGGAGGUUUCUAUCAUCUGCAACUACGCUAAGCAUUGCGGCGCUAUGCCGUGGGUUUCUAUACUCGCUUAAUACUACGGAAGUCAAUGGCCUAGAGAGAUUCCUGAAGCUACUCGAGUCGCGGCAAGAUGACAGCUCCAGGGCCCGCGGAUUGAUAACUGUUUCAAAUCACAUUAGUGUUAUGGACGAUCCAUUGAUGUGGGGAGUGAUACCAUUGCGCAGCCAUUGGGAGUUCCAGCCAUGCAACCGGAGAUGGGCUCUUGGUAGCCAUGAUAUUUGUUUUAAAAAUAGUGCUUCUAUGGGCAAACAACGAUGGAGCAUAAGCAAUACCUGUGUUGACCCUUUUUCAGAGGUACCUACUGCGUUUACUACGAAUGGAGAGGAUGCUUAUCUAGCACCAUCUGCAUACGCAUGCAACUCCUAUUCUUGGAUACACAUCUUCCCAGAAGGGAUGAUACAUCAGUCUGCACAUAAAACUAUGCGCUACUUCAAAUGGGGCAUAUCACGUUUGAUAUUAGAGCCAGCCGAAUGCCCGGAUAUUGUCCCUAUGUGGAUUGAAGGCACAGACGGCGUUAUGCAUGAAGACCGUGGAUUUCCCCGUUUUAUACCUCGCAUAAACAAGAAUGUCAGUGUUACGUUUGGCGAAAAGGUAGACACGGAGGCUAUAUUUGGAGAGCUGAGAAGCAAGUGGCAGAAGCUCAAGCGGGAGUCGGAGCAAGGCAGCACUGAGCCUCUCGCGGUGGGAAUCUUGAAUGAGAAACUUAUGUACGGAGAUGAGGCUACCGAACUACGACUAGAGUGUACAAGAAAGGUCCGCGACCUUGUUCUUGAAGUCCGGCGUUCAAGAGGCUUCCCGGAUGAGGAUCCAAAGGCUAGCAUGGCGGAAACAUGGCUAAGAGAGGGACCCAAGAGAGAAGGGAGGAUGGAUGACGGCUCUCUGGUUAGAGACAUCUAA